GUGAGUUUAGUCCAUAUCUUCUCAAAGCAAGAAUACAUCUUCAACCUUUCCAAUGUCAUCCCCGUUAACCUUAACAAUAUUUGCCUUUCCCUUCUUCUUCUUUCUUUUAUGGAUUUCAAAAUUUGUCUUCAAAAGCAAGAGAUCUGCGGCACCGCUACCUCCGCAAGCUGGUGGUGCAUGGCCUGUCAUUGGCCAUCUCCACCUUCUCGGAGGGUCACAACCAGCCCAUAUAAUCCUUGGCAACAUGGUUGACAGAUACGGACCAAUAUUCACCAUCAAGUUGGGUGUCCAUAAAGCUCUGGUAGUGAGUGAUUCCAAGACUGCAAAAGAGUGUUUCACUACCAAUGAUAAAGUCUUCGCUAAUCGUCCGAACCUUAUAGCCCUGGAAAGCAUGAGCUACAAUAACGCCAUGUUUGGAUUUGCUCCCUACGGACCUUACUGGCGUCAUGUGCGCAAGAUUGCAACUCUUGAGCUCCUAUCAGGCCAUCGCCUAAAGAAACUCAAACAUGUGCAAGAAUCUGUGAUAAGGGGAUCUCUACAUGAUUUAUAUCAGCUAUGGAGUAUGCAAAGAAGUCAAUCCAAUAAGGCUUUGGUGGAAAUGAAGAAAUGGUUCGCACAUUUAACCAUUAAUGUGAUUCUAAAGAUAAUUGCAGGAAAGCAAGUUUCAAAUUCCAGUGACAGAUGGAUGGAGUUGCUAAAGGAAUUCUUCGAAUAUAGUGGCAAGUUUUUGAUAUCUGAUGCUUUUCCAUUUUUGAGAUGGUUGGACAUAGGUGGAGAGGAGAAGGCGGCGAAGAAGAUAGCAAAAGAAUUAGACCAAGUUGUCAUGGAAUGGUUAGAGGAGCACAAGAGCAAGAAAAUUUCCUGUGGGGAGAAAAAGGAUGAAGAUUUCAUGGAUGUGAUGCUUUCCAUUCUAAAUGAUGUAGGGGACCAUGAUGCUGAUACUAUUAAUAAAGCCACCAGCUUGGGGCUAAUCCUAGCAGGAUCUGACACUACAGCAGUAACAUUGACCUGGGUUUUAUCUUUACUACUCAACAACCGUGAUGCAUUGAAAAAGGUUCAAGAUGAACUAGACACCCAUGUCGGCAAAGAUAAGAAAGUAGAGGAAUCAGAUAUAAACAAUCUUUUGUACCUGCACGCCGUUAUCAAGGAAACCAUGCGUUUAUAUCCCGCAGGACCUCUCUCAGUCCCACAUGAGUCUAUGGAAGAUUGUACUGUGAGUGGCUACCAUAUUCCGGCAGGCACAAGACUUUUUGUGAAUAUUUAUAAGAUUCAUCGUGAUCCAAAGGUGUGGUCAGAUCCUUAUGAAUUUCGGCCAGAAAGAUUUCUUACGGGCCAUAAAGAUGUUGAUUUUAGGGGUCAAGAUUUCGAAUUGAUCCCAUUUGGUAGUGGGAGAAGAAUGUGCCCUGGUGUUACCUUUGCGCUUCAAGUCAUGCAGCUUUCGCUGGCUAAUUUGCUGCACAUGUUUGAGUUUUCCACCCCACUAGACGAACAGAUUGACAUGAGUGAAGGAGUUGGAAUGACCAACCUUAAAUCUACACCGCUUGAAGUUCUUAUAUCCCCACGCCUUCCACCUUCCGUUUUUGAGCUAAAUUGAAUUGUAAGAUUACGCUGUUUGCUUUCAAUCAUUGUGGCCAAACCAGCUUGUCCUUUCUUGUCUCGUGUAUGUUGUUUCUUCUUAUUUACAUUUAUAUAAUAAAAGCUCUCCUUAAAA